CAGCACCAACAAAUUUUCAAGCUUCAUCAUCUACUACAGCCAGUGUUUAUGUUGAGUGGCAGCCACCAACAGCAAUGGGUAGUUCCAUCAAAGGUUAUUAUCUUCACUUCAAGAGAGAAUUUGGAGAAUGGGAGCAGAUCAAUAUACCAGCACAUGAAACAAGCUAUACUGUCAGAGGUCUACAGUGUGGAACAAGACACCAGCUCUAUCUUCAGGCAUUCAAUCAACUAGGGAAAAGUUCUCCGACACCAAUUGUGUCUCUACACACUCAAGGAGCUGCACCAGUUGCUCCCAGUAACUUUGAUCUUAUACAUGUGAAUUCAACAUCAAUUGCUUUGAAUAUUACUUCAUGGAGGGAUGGUGGCUGUCCCAUAACAUCUUUUGUUGUGGAGUACAGGUUGAAACAUGGAACUGACUGGAUACUUGUAUCAAAUAACCUAAAAGCUGAACAAAGAGAAUAUUUUGUACUUGAUCUAAACCCUGAGACUUGGUAUACUCUUCGUAUGACAGCACACAACAGUGCUGGCUCUACUGUUUCCACAUAUGAUUUCGUGACCCUUACACAUUCAGGAGGUUUCGUGGCCCCAGAGCUUAUUGUCCAUUCUGAAUAUGGCCAAGAAGGCCUAUAUAGCAACAUAGGGAUUAUAAUAACAACAGUUGCCAGCCUAAUUAUUGUAGGAGUUUCCAGUCUGGGAUUUUUCUUGUACAUGAAGAAGAAGCAUGAAACGUAUUUAGCCAACAAGUAUGGAGGAAAGCCAUCAGAAAUUGGACUUGUGGCAGAUAUGGACAAUGUUGGAGGAUGUGAUUCAACGUCUACAGUGAGAGGGAACAACAUGAAAGCUGCAGCUGUAAUGUGCCAAAGUGCACAAGAAGCGGCUUUUCUUUCAACUCCAUCUCGAGUUUCAUUUGGCUGCAGAGAGGAUAUUAGCCCGUAUGCUACUUUCCUGGUUCCCAACCAUAUCAACAUUGAUGGUUCAGAUAAAGGAUCCCCAUUAUCAUCAGAUCAAUGUUUUCACUACCAGCCUUCUGAAAGAAGUAGUAGCAGCAUUCAGUCAGUUCAGAUGAAAAUACCUAGUAGAACAAGAUCUGAAAACGAAGUUGUUGACUGGAUCCCACUCCACAGCCUACAUCAGUCUAACAGGUACUGAGUCUGGAGUAGCUUGUGCCUUGUUGGCUCCAGAUUUUCAUCUGCUGACAACAGUGUUUAGUGUUUGUGACCAUGGAAGAGAAUAUAAGUACAAAUAGUAACCGUAAAAUAUUCAAGUGCCUUCAGAGACAACAG